AUGUUCUCAGGAUCGAACUCGUAUCUUGGGGCCCAGAGUGGUCGCCCCGGCCCAGGUGGCCCUCAGCAAUUCAACUCCUUCCCUAACCAACAAGGCCAGCAGCAGCAGCAACCUCAGCAGCAGCAGCAGCAGGGCUUCAUGAACCCCAAUCCCACCGGCUAUGCACAAGCUCCUCUCCAGCCAAACUUCACGGGCUAUCCCAUGCAGCCGCAGCAGACAGGUUUCCCAGGCCAGCCGAUGCAACCCCAGGCAACGGGCUUCCCAGGUCAACAGCAGCAAUUCAACAACACCCAACCGCCGCAGCAACAGCAGAGCUUCCAGACUGGCGCGCCGCCUAUGCCCCAGAUCCCCCAGCAGUACCAGCCUCAAGCCCAGCCGCAGCAGCAGCAGCAGCCGCAGCUGCAGGUGCCUGCUGUCCCGGCACAGCAGCCCCAGGCGACCGGGUUCUCACAGAUGGCGGACAGCUUUCGAUCGACUCCUGCCGCUGCUCCCGCCCGGGGACGACGAGGCUCAAAAUCCAAGGGCGCAAAGAUCCCGAGCAUACGGCUGUCGUUCAUAACAGCGCAGGACCAGGCGAAGUUCGAGACUCUGUUCAAGUCUGCGGUGGGGGAUGGGCAGACGCUGUCGGGCGAUAAGUCAAGGGAUCUGCUGAUGCGGUCGAAGCUGGAUGGCAAUUCGUUGUCUCAGAUCUGGACUUUGGCAGAUACCACCCGAUCCGGACAACUGCAUUUCCCCGAAUUCGCUCUCGCCAUGUAUCUGUGCAAUUUAAAGCUGGUAGGAAAGGUCCUGCCUCCUUCUCUGCCGGAUCACAUAAAGAAUGAGGUCUCGAGUAUGGUGGAUAUUAUUAAUUUUGGCGUGGUGGACGAUGGUCCGGACUUGCCAUCGAGAACCAAUGCUCCUGAUUUCACUGGCAGGGCGAACGCAGCCUCACCUACCAUCCAUCAACCUCAGCCGACAGUUUCAAAUUCUGCUCUUUUGACGGCUCAGAUGACGGGCUUUCCCACACAGCAAAACAACUUCUCGGGAGGCUUUGGAGGACCACAAGCGGGCGGGUUCCAGCAGCCAAUGCAGACAGGUUACGGUCAACAAGCUUUGCAGGCGCAGCAGACUGGAUUCCAGAAUAUGUCCAACCCUUCUGCUGCUGGAUACUCUGGACCUCGUCCUCCGAUGCCACCAAUGCCUACUGGGUAUGGCAAUCAAGGUCUUUCGCCGGCACAGACUGGUUUGGGAGCAAUGGUAGCUCCGCUCAACGCCCAGCCAACGGGACGUCCAGGCCAGUGGGGAUUGGUAAAUGCUCCUGCAAGUGGGCUGCCAAAUAUCGACCUCCUGCAGUCUCGGAUGAUGCCCCAGCCAGGCCGAGAGCAGGGCUCUUUUACAACGUCCGGACUACAAGGAAACGCCGUCAUUCCAUGGGCAGUUACCAAGGACGAGAAGACGAGAUACGAUUCUGUGUUCAAGGCUUGGGAUGGCUUUGGCAAGGGAUAUAUUGGUGGUGAUGUCGCAAUUGAGGUCUUCGGACAAAGUGGUCUCGAGAAGGCAGAUAUGGAGAGGGUGUGGACUCUUGCGGAUCACGGAAACAAGGGUCGUUUGAACAUGGAUGAAUUCGCUGUCGCCAUGCAUCUAAUCUAUCGAAAGCUCAAUGGUUAUCCUUUGCCAGCUCAGCUGCCUCCUGAGCUUGUGCCACCUUCAACUCGAAAUUUCAACGACUCCAUCGGACAAGUCAAGUCGUUGCUUUCUCAAGAAUCAGAUUUUCGCAAGAACUCUGGAGCUUCCCUACUGCCCCAGAAGACAGGCGUCAGCUAUCUCAAAACCCGCUCUUUCCGAGAUGGAAAUAGUGGGUUUGGUAGUAGCCGAAAGGAUGCUACGGUAUUCAAGAAUAACGAUGAUGAUGUCGGAUACAAAUCCAGCGCUCGCCGACGGCUUGGUAAUAGCUCUCCUCGACCAUCAUCACCAGCGUCAACAACCUCUAACGAUGAAUUAUCACUUGAUCAGUUGAAGAAGAAGAUUCGCGAGAAGCAGGUGCUCCUGGAUGCCAUGGAUUUCAAGGACGAGAACGCGGCUGACGAGGACGAUGCUCUCGAUAGACGGGAUCGUCGCGAGGCUGAUGAUCUGUACCGCCGCAUUCGACGAAUCCAGGAGGACAUUGAUGCGCACCCAGACGCGGCCCUACGAAGUGUCGAUUCCGGCGCUGAGCGUCGCAUUCUGAAGCGACAACUUCAAGCCCUGACGGAUAAGCUUCCUCAAAUCGCGUCUGAGGUUCGGAAGACGGAGCGGAGCAUUGCAGACGCAAGGCUUGAGCUUUUCCGCCUCCGAGAUGCCAAAGCUCACCCUGGUAGCGCUUCCUCGAUCGUGGGCACUGGACCCGGUGGAUCUGUCACAGAAUCGGAUCGUCUGAAGGCUCGUGCCAAAGCUAUGAUGCAACAGCGAUCUGCUGCUUUGACAGGACGAAAGAUUGAGUCGAGCAAUGACGACUUGGAUGCGCCGAAACGAUUGGAAGAGGAGAACAUCAAGAUCAGAAAUGAGAAGGAGAAUAAUGAGCGUAUGGUCAAAGAUGUCGAGGAGAGCGUGCGUGACUUCUCGCAGGGCCUUGAGGAUGGUCUCAGGGAAGGUGCUCAAGAUUCGACGAGCGAGCAUGAAAAGCGACGAUGGGAGGACGGUCUUGGUGUUGAGGAUGAGGUGAAGGACUUCAUCUUUGACUUGCAAAGAUCGAGCAAGUCGGCCAGAGUCCGAACAGAGGACCGGUCUCGUGGCUCACGUGAAACCUCCUCGCGGUACGAUAGUCCAGCCUCGCUAGCUCAGGCCAAGCCUGUUCCUGCUCCUGCGGCCACUCCAGCAGCUGCUUCAGGUGGAACCUACUCGCAAUACAAGACACCCGAGGAUCGUGCAGCGUACAUCAAGCAGCAGGCUGAGCAACGUAUGGCCGAACGUCUUGCUGCUCUUGGUAUCAAAGCACCCUCGAAGCCAGGCGAGUCGACUGCUCAAAGACUUGAGCGUGAGAAGGGGGAGAGAGCUGCUAAGCUUCAAAAGGCCGAGGAAGAAGACGCGAAGCGUGAGUCCGAGAGACAGGCUAGAAUCAACGAAGAGCAGGGCAUUCCUCCUCCAGCUCCAGCAGCUGCUCCUGCACCUGCACCUGUUCCGAAGAAACCUCCACCGCCACCAUCUAGAAAGGCCGCGAGGAGCGAUGCGAGUGAACGUAAAGCUGAGGGUGAGCAGAGAGUCUUGGAGGAGCAGAAGGCUCAGAUCUUGGCCACCCAGAGUCUUGAGGAUGACGCUAGAAGACAGGAGAAUGAGCUUGCCCAGGAGCGAGAAGCUGCUGCUGCGCGUCUGAAAGCGCUCGAGGAACAAGUGAAAGCAGGCAAGAUAAAGAAGGACGAAGAGAAGCGGAGGCGAAAGGCUGCCCAAGCCGAGGCUAAGAACCAAGAAAGCAGACUGGCAGCCCAGAGAGCCGAGAUUGAAGCAGCACAAGCUCGUGAGCGUGAACUUCAACGGCAGUUGGAGGCUAUGGAUGAGGAUUCGGACUCUUCGUCUGACGACGAGGAAAGCCCAGAGCAAGCUACUCCCCAGACUUCCACCCCAACUCAGGGCAGCCAGGAAAUCGAAAGAGCCGUCUCCACUCCAUCGCCGCCGCCACAGCCACCGGUGCCCACGGUUGUUUCUCCUGUCCCAGCUGCGGCAGUGGUUGCUCCUCUGCCAGUCGCCAGUCCCCAACCCGAUGCGGAGACCAAGAAUCCCUUCUUGAAACUCGCCCAAGGAGGCAAUGCCGGGGCACCUCCCUCCACCACCCAAUCCAACAACCCUUUCCACCGCCUUCCCCCACAAGACACACUCCCAUCCCCACCCUCUGCUCCCAUCAUCACUCAGCCCACGGGUGCUCGCUCUCGCGCCCGCCCAGAAGAAGACGAGUGGUCCGUCGUUGGCUCCGACAAUGAAGAUGACUCCUCGGACGACGAAGGUCCUGGUGCAGGAAACGCCCGACACCUCGCGUCCAUCCUUUUCGGUACGAUGGGUCCGCCUCGUCCCUUGUCUGCGGCGGGCGGCGCGGGAUCGUCCCCUUCAAGCCCAGCUCCUACGCGGGAUGCUGUCUCAAGCCCGCCACCCCCACCGCCCAUGCCCGUGGGUGGUGCGCCUCCUCCGCCUCCACUGCCUGCGUUUGGAGCAGGACCGCCUCCGCCGCCUCCGAUGCCUGGAAUGGAUGCGCCUGGUGCACCACCGCCCCCUCCCCCUCCUGCUCCUGGAGCUGCGCCGAGUGGACCUCCUGCGGGUGCUAGGCCCGCUGCGUUGCUUGGGGAGAUUCAGAUGGGGAAGCAGUUGAAGAAGACGCAGACCAAGGAUAAGAGUGCUGCUUCGGUUGCAGGAAGGGUGUUGGACUAA